CAAGCGCACUACUAACGUCCGGUAUAUAAUCCGGCAGUUGCCCGUGGUUUUAUCCCCCGUCCGGUCGCGUUCUUAUUAACAAAAUAAUAUUAAUCUUGUCAUUUUCAAUGAUAGUUAUUUAAAUAUAAAUAUAAACAAAUAUUUUUUUAUAUUUUACGACUUUAAUUACGAAACUUUUCGACUCGCGACCGGUCGGUGGAAUAUUUUUUUCGAUUUUCGAUUGUAAAUAACGAUUUUCGAAAAGAUAAUAUUGAAAAUUCUCAUAGAAAAUUAAUAUUAUUUUAUUAAUAAUCAAAUGAUAUAUAAAAAACUUUGUUGUUAUAAUAAAUUAAAAUUUAGUUCCAAUUACUAUUUUUUUUUUUUGUGACAACCCGAAUAGAGUGUUGAUUAUUAUUAUUAUUAUUUUUUUUUUUUCUGUUUGUGCCAAAAUGUGUUGAUAGUGAUUCAUCCUGAACAUUAUUUUUUCAUAUGUAAUUUUUGUUUUUAACUGCAAAGGCAUUUUGUAAAAAUUAAUUAGACAGUGGCAAUUUAUCGAUACAACAUUUUAUACAUAAAUUAUUAUUAUUUUUAUUAUAAAUCAUAGUGACAAGAGGAUUUUUUAUCAACUAAAAAUUAAGUUGAACUUUUUCUGUCAAUAUGAUAAACUUACUAGCAUCUGAAGCUUUGAUGUGGUAUAUGAUAGUAGAAAUAAAAUUAUUUAAGUGUUAAAAUAAAAUAAGCACAAGUUUUUAGUUGUCGGAAAAAAUAAUUUAAAAAAUGACUAAGAAUAUGUGUGUUCAAGUUUAAAUAAAUAACUAUUCAAGGGACAUUUUUUAUCAGCAUCCAACAAAAAUGAUAUCACCGACUAUUUACAUGAUAAUUUUAAUAAUCCCGGUUUUUAUAACACAAGUUGAUGGUAUGGAACCAUGGAAAAAAAGUGAAAAAAAUGGUGAGCAAGGCUCGGAGGUACAACUACCGUGUAUCUUAAAAAGUCCUCGAUGUGGUGGUCUUCACAGUAUCAAGUGGUAUCGAGGUACCCAACGGAUAUUCAUAUUCAGCGAGAGUGCUGGCAUCACACGUGGUAACAACGACAUUGCCGCCAGGUCUACGAUGAAUUACAAUCAAAAUGCAACGAAAACUUAUCUUAAAAUAUCAGAUUUGAAGCUUGAAGAUGAGGGCUUAUACAAAUGUGAAGCAACAUAUUUAGCUGUUAAUCGUGAAUGUAAUAACGUACAGCAUAUAACUCUUAAUACAACUGUACGCCCUAAAUUUGUACGAAUUACAGAAGAAGAUGAAAACACAAAUUUAACUUCAGGCACUAUUUUAGGACCAAUUAAUGAAGGUACAUUAAUGACGUUAAAUUGCGAAAGCGAUCAAGGAAAACCCGUACCUACUGUUGAAUGGUAUAAAGGAGAUCAGCGACUUAAAGCGAUUGGUUCAACGAAGGUCCAAGAAAAUGGAGUUGGAACAGGAAGUAGUGUGUUACAGUUGCAAGUCGGCCGCAGUGAAUUAGGUGCUACCUUUACAUGCAAAAUCAGCAGUUUGGCCCUUGCUGAGCCUCUAACUGUCGACAUCAAGCUUGACGUUCAUGUACGACCACUGAAAAUGGACGUCAAGGGUGUGGUAGGACAUGUAGUGAGCGGCACUAAAAUUUUACUUGAAUGUAAAGUGAGUGCAGCAAGACCACCAGCAAAUGUCACCUGGUAUAACGGAACAGAUUUUCUCACGAACGACAAUGAUCGAUUUGAGAUGUUUGAAACUAAAAUAGAUGACAAUAGCGAUGGUACAUCUGAGACGAGCAGUUAUCUUGCGUUUACGGCAUCAGAGUAUGAUAAUGGUCAAACAUUUAGUUGUUUUGCUGAGAAUUCAGUCACACGAGUUGAAGGAAUAAAACCAAUGAAAGAAGCUACGACAAUUGAAGUACUAUAUGCUCCAAUUAUUACUAUGCACCCAGCCAACAUUACCGUCAACGAGACUGAAGACUUUGUCAUAAUUUGCAACUAUGAAGCCAACCCUGCGGGCUUAACAUCCGUCAAGUGGUUACGAGAUGAGCAAGAGCUUGUACUAAAUGAAGAUCACUAUGAGGGUGGAGUAACAGAACAGACAUCUCUAACUGUUAAAAAUGCAACUGCUUCAGACAUGGGAACAUAUAGAUGCGUACUCAGUAACAGCGUUGGGGAAUCCAUGUCCAAAGACACAGUUGACGUUUCUGUUCUUUAUAAACCAAUGGUUAAAGUAAUAGUAGAACCAGAAGUCCCGAUAAAUGAGGCAGAUCGUUUGAAUGUAUCACUUACGUGUUAUGUAAUUAACGGGAAUCCAAUAAACUUAAAUGCAGUAAGGUGGUAUCUAGAUGGUGAUUUAUUGAAGGAGUUACCAGACUGCAAUGUCAGAAAUUUAACAACCGUAAAUGUCGACGACACUUCAACGUUUUGCGACAUCGAUCCAAGCAAAUUGCUGUUGGAGGCAGUCGGCCGUUCGUUUCAUGGAAAUUAUUCGUGUGAGGGUCGCAACGACGCUGGAUGGGGUUUAAUAUCACCAAGUACUCCAGUAAUUGUAUACUAUAAACCAGGUCCAGCUAUUAUAAGUUAUCAGCCAAAACGUGUUAUAAAAGGUAGCUCACUAAAUAUUACCUGUUCCGUAAUUGAUCCUGGUCGACCACCGGUCACAGGCUACAAGUGGAUACGUGGAAUGCAUCGUCUUGCUGAUCAAGAGAAACCCAUUCUUAGUAUCGAUUCAGUUAAUCUCAGAACUAAAGCAAACUUUACGUGUAUCGCAUACAAUCAAGCUGGAGAUGGUGAUCCAGCUACGACCUUUAUUGACGUUGCUGCCCCACCUGGAUUUAUAAAUCCACUUGCACCAUAUAAUGGUUAUGUGUACAAUGCAGUGAACGUAAGUAUCGGAUGUCGAGUUGAGUGCUCGCCCAUCUGCAACGUGUCGUGGAUCAAGAACAACGUGCCAAUUAAUUUCACAGCAACGGAUAGGUAUUAUGUAACUAAUGUAUACCAUCCAGCUGACCAAAGUACCAGUGACUUUGAGAGUAUUCAGUCUAAUUUAACGUGGAAUUUAGACGCCUGGCCAAACAGACAACUCGAUCGAUUUAAGGACAAUGACAAUUAUACAUGUAUUAGUAGUGAUAAUGAUGUUGGUGAAGGAGUAAAUAGUACAACUCAUUUUCAAGUUGAAUUUCCGCCAGAAAAUAUGACAAUAUCAACUAAACAAAUAAACGUUACUGUUGAUUUCAUACCAGAAAGUGUUAAAUGUGGGGCAAUUGCUCAUCCUGAACCAACUUUUCGGUGGUACCGAGAAGGAUCUACUGAAACAAUAUCUCAAAGUCCAGUUCUUGUUUUUGAAACUAGAGUACCUAAACGUAGUAAUGGAACGUAUUUUUGUGAAGCUACAAAUCGACAUGGAACUAACAAUAUUUCAACAUAUCUCAAUGUUCUCUAUAAACCAGAGUGCCAAAUAUUUAAAGAACGUAUUAAUGGAGAAGAUUAUCUCAUAUGUACAGCAGUUGGUAACCCCAAGGAGUCAAACUUUAGUUGGUCGUUGAAGAGCGACAAUGAUUCUCUUGGCCAACUUGCUGAGAUUCGCCAAGGCAAAAGUUAUCUUCUAUUGGAUACUGCGGUUACAAACUUUCGUACUUAUAUUUGUAUUGCAAACAACUCAAUUGGAUCAUCACUUCCGUGUGAACGUGGAGUACCUGCACGCCAAGGACGUUUGGGCAAUCUUCCAUGGUGGCUUCAAUUGGAGGGUGAUCUUCUUAUAAUAGUUGUCAUCAUCGUGGUUACUAUUUUUGUAGCCAUUAUUGUGUGUUGUGUUAUAGUUUAUCUAAUUUGUCGACGUAAACAAAUGCAAGCAAAAUACAGUAAUCGCGUGGUAUCAUUGGAGGAACGUCAACAUCCGGAUGGUGGUCCGCCAAGCCCAACGGAGUCGAUACGUUCACACGGACAAUGCCCAUCCCUUCAUUCGAACCCAGUUCCACGAUGGCCUUUAAAACCAGGAGUUUUAGUGCACAUUAAUCGCACGCAUAGCCUGAGCUCCGGAUUAGAUCCAGUAGUGCACGCGAGUUCAAACCAACAAAUGCACUCAACCUCACCAUUAGCAAUAGCAACAACAACAACAACAACAACAACAGCAGCAGCAGUUGCAGCAACAACAAUAACAAUGUCGACUAUAACGACUAUGACGACGACGACGACGACAACGAUGACGACGAUGACGACAAAAAUGACAAACUAUAAAGUCAAUCAACAUUGUAUACGAGGAAAUGAUACAAUAGUCACUAGACGACCGGUUAGACCGUUUAGACGUGGAAAAACUACGUCAAUUAAUCAAAUGGGUAUUCCCAUACAUAGUAUUGUUCAUGAUGAAGGCAUGAUUGCACGAGCUAAUAGAUUAAGAGCAAUAUUCAGUUCACAACUAAAGGAGCCUGAUUCAUUUCCCGGUAUCUCAAGGGAGAAAACAGCUGUGACUUAUAAAAGAAUAGUACCUCGACAACGGAUGUCGCACAACACCCCAUCGCUUCCUGCAUCAAAUUGCGACGCCUCCGCCGGUGGCAGUGAUUGCGGUGAUGGUAAUGUUAACAUCAACGCAAACCCCAAUGUAUCUCGUAAGCGCAAAAAGCCUGGAGCAGAUCCCGGUCAUCAAGGAAAGAACAAUAAUCACAUUGACAGCGUUUCCGAAGCCUUGCAACCAGAGUCCGACGCAAAAACGUUUUAUGAAAAUCUUCCGUUUCAUGGAAUCCAAACACCACCCAAUAAGCCUUUUAAACCUGAAUUUUCGGAUUUGGAUUAUGCGGACGUUGACUAUAGAUCUUAUGGGCCUAUUAACUACAAAGCUGCCAGUAUUGCGCUUUUACAGACUCGAAAACAACCGUCACAGCAGCAUCAGCAAAAGCAACAACAGCAAGAGAGAAAACCACAAAUGUACGGAACACAAGACGACAACGAAGAGUUGCUCUAAUAUAACGCCGUGUAAUGUCAAUGAAUAGUCUAGAGACUUGUCCACAAGUAUGAAUAGAUGUAUAGGGGAGGGUGGGGCAUAACGGCCCCCAUGGGGCAGAGCGGCCCCCCUAAAAUUUUGACCAAAAAAAAAAUUUUUUUUUUUUUGACUAAUUACUAUAAAUCCGAUGUGUUUGCGCAUUUUUACCCUUACGCAUGACAUUUGGGGCAAAAUGGACAAGCCCAAAAUUUUGAAAAAGUGAUUUUUUCAUAUUUUUAUCGUCAAAUUAAAAAAAAAUUAUUUGAAUUCCACAUUUCUAGCCCUACGCAUAACACCUGGGGCAAAAUGGACCAGCCGAAACUUUCGAAAAAAUUAUUUUUUCAUAUUUUUCGGCCGUUUCUUUAUGUAAGAGGUAAAUUUGGUCACUAAAAAUUUAUAAAAAUUAAAUUUUUUUUUUAGUUGAUAAAUUUUUGAAAUAAAGUAAAAUUAUAGAAUUGAUUUUUUUUUUUAUUAAAUAACAAUUAGUAAUUAAGGUAAUCGAGAGUGAACGAUAUUUUACGCUUUAAAAAAUUUUUUUCGAGUAAUAUAAAACCAAAAAUAGUUGUCAAGAGAAAGAAAUACAUUCUUAAUGAUGAAAACAAUUUAAAAAAAAAAAAACGAAAAAAAAAAUUUUUUUUAUCACUUUUUGAAGGGGGGCCGCUCUGCCCCACAAAAAGAAAAAAAAAUUUUUCAGAAUUUCGGCAAAAUGUCCAUAAAUUCGUUCGAAAUAGGACAAAAGUAAAGUGAUCUUAUGGUUGAAAGCCACAAAAAAUAAUAAUUGGCUUAGGGGGGCCGCUCUGCCCCACCCUCCCCUACAUAUUUGUAGACAAACAUUUUGUUAUGCUAUUGUGUAUUUCUUAAGAUCUAUCUUCAGACUCAAGUUAACUUUUAUUAUUAUUAUCAUUAUUAUUAUUAUGGUUGUUACAUGAUGAAACAUGUAUAAUAAAACAAAAGGAAAAUAUAUAAUUUUUUACGCGUUGAGUAUAUUGAGGGAACAAUAAUUUGAUAACUAAUUAAUCUCGAUGCGUCAGUGUACGUUUAAAAACAAUUAAAUAUUUAAAUAACUUAAAUAUUAACAAAAUAAUUUAUAGAAAUAAAAUAAGCACGUAUGUAUUUGCAAUAAAAAAAAAAUCAAGUUUAUAUGUAAUUAUAAAUUAGCUUUCAUCUCGCAAGUAAUUCUUAUAAAUUUAAAUAUUUAAAUACUAUUCAAUUAUUUUUGAUGCGCUCAAUUAUUAACCUAGUCAAAUGCCUCACUGAUAUAUGCGAAUAGUAAAAAUAACAAUUUUAUUUAUUUUUUCUUUGUUACAAUCAAUAACUAUUUAAUACUUUGUUACUGUAAAUUUUUUUAAUUGUCUGUUUUUUGCAAUAAUUUCUCUGAGAUACUUUAACCAUUAAAAAAAAAAAAGAAAAGAAUAAUAAAUAAAUAAAUAAAAACAAUUACCUUAAUUAUUGUUAAAUAUAAUGGGUUAAAAUUUAUUUUCUAAAUGAAAUUAAUAAAAGUUUUUUAUUAAACAUUUAAAGAAUCCAGCUAGUUAUCUAUGUUAUCCAUGUGUAGGAUGAUAAGACUUAAAGUCUGAAAGAAAAUGUAUGAUUUAUAAAUAAAAAUAUAAAUGCAUCGUUCUCCGUCCAAGAAAUGUGGGAAUUUUUUAAUUAAUUCGAGCACAAAAUUUCAACGUCAAUAUAUAUUUAUUUUUUUUUUUUCCAAUAGACAUAAUAAAAAAAAAAUGGUAAUUUUAUUAAUUUUACGUUGAAAUAUUUAAAUCUCAAAAAUAUAAAUUUUUAAUGAGUUGUUGUAUACAAAUAAUUUAAAAAUUCAAAAUUUCACACAUUAACAAGUAUACAUUUAAAUUAUCAAUAAACAAUAAUAACUAUUAUGCUUAAGAAUAAAUAUUAUAUUCAUCCCACGUCUCUUGAUUAAUGUAAAUAUGUGUAACAUUGAAUGUAAUUGCAUAUAUAUAAAUACUUAUUAACCGGAUUAAAUACCGGUAGCGCCCACAGGGUAGUAGAAAAUCAUGUUUUAAAUAAAAUGUUAAUGUAGUUGUAAAUUUUAACUGUAAAUAAUAAUAUGUCUACAUAACUGCCCAUAUUCAUAGGUAAACAUUAUCAUUGUAACAAUACCAUAAAUUUUACCAAUAUACAUAUAAACCAAAAUAUUAAUAAUCUAACUAGACUGAAUAAACAUUAUUAAAUUAUAUAAUUAUUCAAAUUUUUUUAUUUUUAAAAGUUUAGAAAAAAAAUGAAUAAAAAAAAAAAAAGAAAAAAAUUAACAAAAAAUUUGAGCGAACAUGAAGAAACGAGUCGAAUAAACCAAAGUUGAAAUACGUUUAAAAUUUGAACACUAUCUUAAUUUACACAUAACAAAAAAGUUAUUCUAUAUAUCUACUUAUAAAUUGCCUAUAUUUUAUUUUAUGAUGCACUGCUCGAGUGAUUUCUUGGGACGUGUAAUGCAUUUUUUCGUUUUACACAAAACUCAAUAUACUUUCCCAAAAAUUAGUAUCUACUUAUUUUUAUGACAUAUUUACUUAUAUGGCAAAUUGGAUAGGCUGCUAAGAUUAUUUUUAUGCCAUUUGCGAAUGAAUGAAGAAAUUAUUUAUUAAUGAUUUUUUGCUGAUAAUUUUUUAUGAAAAAAGAAAAUUUAAGUUUUGAUUUAACAAACAUAAAACAAUUAAUGAUUUCAGUACAUAUAUAUAGAUAUAUAUAUAUAUAUAUUCUUGGGAAAAAAAAUUUAUAUAUAAUUCUAUAAAAUUUUAUAUAAAAUUAGACAUGAGUUUUGGUUUGAUCGAAUUUUAUAUAGUCAUAUAUAAAUUUAUACAAUUAUAUAUGAUUAUAAUCUAAUUAUAUAUAAUUUUUUUUCCCGGGUUGUUAUUAAAACAGUUGAUUUGUUUUUUAGUUGUCAGACUGCUUCCAGUUUGUGCCAACGUAUUUCUCCUGUUAAUUUUUAUGAUAAUAACUACAGUUUUUUCCAAAUAUUUUUGUUUUUUUCAUUAAUAAUUAUUUUCAUAACAAACAUAUUAUUAAUAAUUAAAAAAAAACAUCAAUUAACAAGUUCAUGCUGAAAUCCAUAAGGCUAUUUUUUAAUAAAAAUUGAAGAGAUCAUAAAAUUCAUGUAAAAUUUGUUUUUCAUCAUUAAUAAUUACUUUUAAUAUUAAUUAUAAUCACUGCAUGUUAUAUCUUAAGGGACAUGUUUUUUGUGAUAUAUGUACAUAAAAAAAGUGUAUAUACAUAUAAAUAAAAAUAUUUAAAGUUAAUAGGAGAAUAUAUGAACCAUUUUUAUUUUACCAUAAACUAUAUGACAAUAUUAUUGUUAAUUUAGUUAUGUUUUACUAUAAUAAAUUAAUAUGUUUAUUCGAGAAUACUAAAAAUAUAUUAAUUUUUAUUAAUAAUUAUGAUGUAUUAAGAUUGUAAACACUAAUCAAGAUAUUCAUUAUGAUAUGUUAAAAAUUUAGUGAAAAAAUAAUUAAAUUAUAUGCACAGAAAGCUCCUUAAUGUAUGAAAAAAAUAAAAAAAUAAAUAAAUAGAUAAAACAGAUUAAUAAGCAAUGAAAAGUACGUACAUGUAUUAUACGUUAUUGAAGCCGUUUCAAAUAUAAUUAUUAUCACUCAA